ACACAGAACACUUCCCGGUAUGAGGACACACGGGGGGGGGGAAUGUGUUCCUUGUUUCCGCCGGACCUUUCCAAGAGACGGACUCAUUUCCGGAUCUGUCAUCCCUCGUUCUGCUUAAAGAGGGACAGUUAAAGCCCUGGGGGGUCUGUGGUUCCGGAUUUGGACGGGUUAGUGGGUCAGUGUGAGAACAGGCUCCGGUCUGGCCCUCCGAACACAAACAGCAGCCUGGUGACGGAUUGGGAAGCAAAGCAGAAAGGCAGCUGCCAGCGGUGCAGCGAGCCUGGUGAACAAAAUGUCUGAGAGCCCGGAGAAGAGCGUGUCGGUGUCGGCGCAGGAGCUGAAGGAACAAGGGAACCGCCUCUUUCUGAGCCGCAAGUACCUGGAGGCCGCCGCCUGCUACAGCCAAGCCAUCACCCACAGUCCCUCCGUCCCUGCGUACUACACCAACAGAGCGCUGUGCUACGUGAAGCUGCAGCAGUACGACAAAGCUCUGUCAGACUGCAGACAGGCUCUGGAGCUGGACACUCAGUCCGUCAAAGCUCACUUCUUCAUGGGUCAGUGUCACCUGGAGAUGGAGAACUACGACGAAGCCAUCGGUAACCUACAGAGAGCUUAUAACUUGGCGAAGGAGCAGCGGCUGAACUUCGGCGACGACAUCCCCAGCGCUCUGCGGAUAGCGAAGAAGAAACGUUGGAACAGUCUGGAGGAGAAACGGAUCAACCAGGAGAGCGAGCUCCACGGUUACCUCACCAGACUCAUCAUGGCCGACAAAAAGAGGGAGCUGGAGGGCUGCAGACAGAGGCAGGAAGACAAGUCAGACGACAGCAGGAUUCAAAACGAUGUGAAGGAGAUCCACAACAAGCAUGACAAGUUCCUGUCAGACAUGGAGGAGCUGUUCAGUCAGGUAGACGAGAAGAGGAAGAAGCGAGAGAUCCCAGACUUCCUGUGUGGAAAGAUCAGCUUUGAGUUGAUGAGAGAGCCCUGCAUCACGCCGAGUGGAGUCACCUACGACAGGAAGGACAUCGAAGAGCACUUACAGAGAGUCGGCCACUUCGACCCGGUGACGCGGACCCCUCUGACCCAAGACCAGCUCAUCCCAAACCUGGCCAUGAAGGAGGUGAUCGAUGCUUUCAUCAUGGAGAACGGCUGGGUGGAGGACUACUGAGCGGUGAGAGGAAGAAUGAAGAAGAACAAGCUGGAGGUGUGGCUGUCUGUGGUGUUAUUGAACAGCUGUGUGAUGUCAUGGUAAUGUGUCCCAUUCCUCCUUUUCUUUACACUUAGAGCUCUGACAGAGUCUCACACACACACACUGCACGCCUCACAUCGGUACGUCUGUGAGGGUUCGUUGCUCAGGCUGCUCUGUGGAGGUGGAUUAGGUCGGUGUGUUCAGUCAGUCAGUCAGUCGGUCACUUAGAGGAGCUGCUGUUCGGUCAUCAGGUCAAAACUGCUGCAAAUCAACGCCUCUCUGAAACUGAAAUACUGCUGUGUCCUUAAAGAGAGGUUCAAAGUCGACCACAGCAAGAGAACAGAUACAUAAAACACACGGUUAAAGAUGCACUUUAAAUGUGGUGAUCUGGCUCUCACUAGGGGGCGCUGUGUGGGAAAUCUGGAACAUGAUAAUGAAAAGAAAGUAGAGUACUUAAAGUUUACUCCACUGAAUAAACACAGAGACACAAACCAAAGGAUGUCACGUCGAUCAGAGAAAGUAGGCGCUCCUACAUGUCCCACUGAUAAUGUCUGUGAUGAUUAUAUAAUCUACAGCACCUUUAAAAUAUGUCACAAAGAAGCACUUUAUAUUAACUUAUAAACAUUAUAGACAAAAUUGAAUGUUGGUAUUAAAAGUACUGAGGAAACUUGUGUGAAUCUUUCAGUUCGUGUCAGCUUUGGCGCCCCCUAGUGGACAGAGUUGCACCUCCAAUCUCUUUACUUAUGAAGUGUUCACCUCGUCCUCAUUUCCCAAAAUAGUCCAAAAGACAAUCUCCCCCCUCUUCUUUAUUGUAAAUAUGUAAACAGAGGAGACUCAACAUGACUUCUGCUUCACUUUAGAGUCCAUACUCAGACUUUUCAAUCAGACGUGGCUCUUAUUUUAACCUGAUUUUAUUAAAAUACGGUAGAAGAAAGUAUGAAUGAACGUAUCCUUCGUCCUUAUUUUAUCCUUUUUGGAUGCUUCUUGUUUGUGUAAUUGUCAAACUAACAUUCCUGAUGAUUGGCUCCUAAUCAGCAUGUGCAGGAGUCAGUGAGUUCAGGAUGACGGAUCAGCAGCUCCUCUCUGUUUCCUUUCACUGGGACCAGAAGGUCCAGAUUCUGAUCAGCCCAGAUGUUUAAAAACCAUCUGAAGGUUUCAUCUUUUGCAUUCCUUGUUACUGAUUUGUGUCAUUUGGAAGUCUUACUGUAGUGUUAGUGAAUGUAGUGAUCCAUACAAUCAGUGCUGCUGGAGCCGCUCUGCGUUCAAGCUUUAAUGUGAGGAAGUGUUGUGUUUGCUGGCAAACCGAAAAAUAGGAAAAUGUAAGGAGGAUCAUUCCAAUCGUUUUCUUUUUAAUGAGCUCUCUGAUGAAGGUUCUUUGUGCAGAAUCUAAAUGUUCUUUUUAUUUGAUGGACUUUGUUUAGGUACACCUCUGUUUGAAACAUUAGUGGACACAUCUCUCGUUUGUCUUUGCUGUAUUUGUUUAAAGACGUGUUUCUGCUUUGACUCAAUCAAGUGAAUUUCUGGUUUUCUGCAUGUUCAUACUGUAACGAGAGCCGAAGGGAACAAAUUUACUUCAUUUAUUCAUCAUUCAGCAAGAUUCAAACAGGAACAAUCAACCUGCUGCACUGUAAACACACAACAACAACCAUGUUUGAAAACGUGAUGAAAUAAAUGUUCCAUGUUUCCUA